AUGGAGGAUGAAACUUUCUUAUCGAUCAGUUCAGUUCCUAGUUUUGCUCAAGGCCUUAAGAUUUUGCUGGUUCAUAAUGACACCUUGUCCAUCAUCAACUUGUCAUCUAUGCUUGAGAAAUACUCAUUCAGAGCAUAUAACAGCGAAAGGAUUGAUUAUGCAGUUACUGUUACCGAUGAAGCAAAAGCAGCUGUGUCAAUGAUUUGUGAUCCUGAAGAAAGCCAAUUCAACCUGGUAAUGGCUAAAGAUAACAUGCCUGACAUGGAUAUUCUUUCAUUUCUGCACAUCAUGCUUGAUAAGUACAUCCCUGUCAUCUUUAUCUGUUCCGGAGAAUAUGAUGAUGUAACAUGGAAAGCAUUGGCUGAAGGCUCAUGUUUUUUCCUGGAAGAACCAAUCCUUUUCCAGGAUCUCAAAUAUGUGUGGCAGCAUGUGUAUCACACAAGAGUUAACUUGGCCAAGAAAACUGAUAAAGAAAAUUGUGUUAACAAGGUUCAUGGAACUCUUGAUGAUAGAAAAUGCCUGGGACAAGAAAAGAGAAAAAGGUUGGAGAUGAACUUUGACAGCAAUCACCUUACUGCUUUUAUGGAACAGGAUGAAAUUGAGGAUACAGAAAGAAAAGAAAACUAUGAUGAGCAUGCCGAGAAAAGGCCUCGUAUUGUUUGGACUCCGGAGCUGCAUCAGAAGUUCUUGGAUGCCAUUAAUGUUUUGAGUGACAGGAAUAAUAUUCGCCCAAAAGCAAUACUAGAACAGAUGAAUGUGCCUAACCUCACAGCUCGCCAGAUUUCAAGUCAUCUUCAGAAAUACAGAACUCAAGAAUUGAUAAGCCAGCAGGCUUGCAUUUCUGGAUUCACUCCGAUGGGAACAUUCUCAAAUUUUGAUGGCAGAUUCCAGUCUUCCUUGCCAUUUCAGAGCCAAGGUUAUCCAGGUUUUCCUAUAUCAAUUGCAGCAGUUGGUGGGAGCCAAAAUCAAAGCCAGUGUUCAAUGAUUUUCACUGAAACUCAAGGAUUAGAAAUGCCACAAAUGGAAGAAGUGUCACUAAUUCCAGAUGAAUUUGCAACAGCAUUGAGCAAUUAUGGAAGCCAAAACCGAGAAGCUGAAGUGAGACAACCUAUACCAGAUGCUUCAAUGGAUCAAAAUCAACCCAUGAGAGCACAUGAUCCUAUGAAAAUGCUUGAGGAAGAUUAUGACGAGCAUGAGUAUUCUCAAAAUGGAGUACUUUCACAUCAAAUUGAUCAAUACUGUGAGAUGCUAAGGAACACUCUUUAA